UCAAGGCCGAGCCUCUCUUCUCUUUCGCCACUCCACCCCCACCAGCCACUAAUAGAGAGCCGGAAGUGUCCGUGUGCCCUUUUUUGCUGCUGUGACCCUUCCCUCUUGGAGGCGGUGCUGGUGGAAGAGGAGGAGGAGGAGCCGCUUCUGGGCCGGGCGGCGCGUGCGCAGAAGGGGGGGAGCGGCCGAGCCGGCUCUGAGGGGAAAGAAGGCGGCGGCGGCGGCUGAAGGCGGCCAGAGGAGAGGCGAGGCGAGGCGGGCGGCGGCGCCAUGAGGGCCGGGCGGGGGCUCCCACGGUGGGUGAGGCGGAGGGAAGCUGCACCGGGGGGGGCUUGUCCGGGGGGGGCGGUUAUAAAGACACCCUCCCCCCCUCUCCUCAGGCCCGGCCAGGCGCCCCUCCCGCUCCCGGUGGGGGGAGGGGCGGAGGGCCUACCUGGGGGGAGGGGGGCAAAAAAAAAACCCACCCGAAAAGGGGGGGGAGCAUGCAAGGCCUCUCUGCAUGGGGGGGGGGGAAUUAAUGGGGGGCGACUGUGGGGUAACUAAUGGGGGGGAUAAUUGGGGGGGUUGUGUAUUUGUGGAGUAAUUAAUGGGGAUGUUAAGGGGGGCUUAGGACGAUGGAGGGGGGCUGUGUAUUUGGGGGGCAAUUAGGGAGACCUGGGGGAAGUCCAUCCCCCCUCCCAUUUAUUUUGCAUUUGUUGAGGUGGGGAACAGAGGAUUAUCCCCCACACACACACACAUUCACAUAUAUGUACAGUAUAUCUAUAUAUCUAUAUAUACACGUGUUUUUUUCAGCCUGCUCCAAAUUCAAACACCCCAUUUUAAAAUUUGUUUCGAUAAAGAUGGUAGCCUCAUCUGCUGCUCUUCCCCCCGCACCCCUUUUUGUCAUUCUUCCCCAAUCCCAGUAUCAAGAUGAAUGUUAGAGGAAAAAGAAAAAAUGCCCCCAGGGGGUCGGUGGGGCCUCUUCCCGCCCCCAAUCCCGCGGCUGCUGAGGAGCCUCCUCUGGCUGCACCUCCUUCUUUGCCCCUGCUUAGCUGCCUACCGAUUUUGAACUUGCAAAGUCACCUGCUUCCUCGCUUCUUAGGGAAGCCCCCCCCCCAAAAAAACCCCUUCCGGCCUGAGUUGCUCCUCCUCCUCCUGCACCAUCAGAGUCUCCUCUUUCCAUUGCAGCCACCCCCACCUCUUGAACUUGCAGCCUCCCCCCCCCCCCCCUCACCAGCUUCCUCUUUCCAUCAGGUGGGCUCCUGCUUUCUUUUCCUUUUCCUUCCUGCACAAAUCCAGCUGGGGCUGCUCAUGUUUGCUCUUGCAUCAUUUCUCUCUCCCCUCCCCACACCUGGGUCCUUGAACUAGCUGCCUCCGCUGGGUCCCGUCCCCCCCCAGUGUGAGGUGGGCCUCUUGCCCCUCCCACAAUGAAGUACAGCUUGCAUUGCAGCUCAAGCACUUACUCCACUUCUCUCCCCCAUUGCAAACUGCAGCCCCCACUUUCUCUUGAGGUCUUCCCCCCCCAUAAAUCUUUCCCCAGUGCCAUAUCCUGCUCCAUCACCAAUAUCCACCCCUUUCAGCUUGCAGCCUCUCUCAUUUCCUCUCCUUAAGGCAUCACCCUUCUCCCCCACCCCCAAAAAGAAUUCAGCCUGGCUCCUUGUUCCUCUGACACCAUCAUUAAUUCCACUCUUCUCCCUUAUUCGUCUUCUUGCCUUGCCUGCUGUCUUUACCUGGAUAUGACCCCCUCCUGCACCACCUCUUGAGUUUUCUACCAUGCUGAAUUGGGCGUCUGUGUGUCCACCUUUAGUAGCAGUAGGAAUAAGGUUUGGUCUCAUUCCAAAGGUGUGGGGGGGGGGAUAGACAUGGUAAUUUUAAUUUCUUUUUAAUAAGGGAUGGUCUAGGGCCUUGCUUUGCCCCAUAACCCUGUUUGGUCAAGGAGGCAGGUUCCGCUGAAAAUCUAUUUAAUGCUAUAGAGCAACUGCCUUGAGUCAACCUGGUUUGUUCAGUAAGUUAGUUACCUUUCCCCGCCCCUACAUAUCAGCCCCCUAAGUCUUGGCCAGUCUAACCUGCCACGCCUCCCCAGUCCAAGGCUCUCUUGAAAUUCAAACUUAAUUUGAAUUCAAUUUAGGACAUGUGUCCUUUUACAAAACAGACUUGCCCUAUAGUCCCCACGCUCUCCUUGUUCAGGUCCCUUUGCCCAGCUCCCUUGUGGCAGGAAUUCCGAUCCGAAGGCUCCCUCACCUCCCAGCAAGGGCACCCCUGGUAGUGACAUUGCAUCAGGCAGGCCUGGAAGGCACCACGUCCUGCUUCUGUCCUCUGUCACAGAGACAUUCAAUGUCCUCUGUGGAUUUUGGAGGCAGGGAACAAAAAAGAUGCUGGUUUUUGGUCUUGGUGGGGCCUGGAGAGACAGCCCCCCCUCCCCGCUGUUCUUAGGGGAAGUAACAGAAAGAACAGGUGCCUUUUGGAGACUACCUCUGGCUUCUCCUGGAAUUGAGAGACUAGGCUUGGCUGAUUUAAUUACACUUAAGGGUCUUUCCCUAAAUUUCUUUAGGUGUUCUCAGUUCUCUCUGCCUCGGUUGAAGUGUCUGAUGAGUCAAGUUUAGAUGAUAUGAAUGGGUUGAGAGAGGAGGGGUGGGGGUGCCAUCUAGGGGGAAAUCCACUUUGUCCUACUCUCAUUAUGCAACGCCCCCCUCCCCCCAAAAAACCCACCACCCCUUUGAUACAGAGUUUGCAAACAUGUGAAAUUCCAUGGCUGGUUGCCUGAGGGGCGGUUCUGUCAUGGGGAGCUGAGGUAGCUUUAAUCAAGCUGCCACUUCCAUUCUCGGCCUCGCUCAGAGGCCUUUUUUGCAUCUGGCUUGAAAAGCCAGUUCGGAUUAUUUCCUCUCUGUCAUGGACUCAGCCUCUCCCUUCCUCAGGCUACAUAUCUGCUGCCAGAAUUGGGGAUAGUAGUGGGGGAGAAUGUCUGGUGCUCCUGAACGUGUAAGGAUUCUGGUGCUUACAAAAAUAAAUAGGAAGUUGCCUUGUAUUGGGUCAGGAUUUAUGUCCCAUCUAAACCAGAAUUGUUUGUUCUGACUGGCAGCAGCAGGCCUCCAGGUUUUCAGGCAGAGGGGCAUUGUUCCCAGCACUCAAUCCCUUUUUAUCUGGCGACUGAAUCUGCAACCUCUGCCCCUGAGCUGUGAAUCCUUCUACACUUUCUGUGAAGCUGAAAACCAGAAUUUUGUGAUGCCACAAACCAGAAUUUUCCUAGCCCCAUUGAUGAUACUGAUUUACUGGGAAUCCUGAAUGGGGAGAGUGCUUUUGUUGUGCCCAGGUCCUGCUCGUGGUCUUCCCAGAAGAGACGUUUUGCUAGGCCCUGUGAGAACAGGAGGCUGGACAGACUCUCUCCUGCUGCUCUUGUAAGUGGUAGGAGUUCUGCCCCUGCUCUCAAUUACCCCAUCUCCAUGUUGAGUUUAUGGUCUCUCUAUCUUUGUGGGGAUAUUUACUACCACAUACUUGGAAAACUUUGUUGGGGCAAGUUAGCCUGUCACAGGACAUCACCUUUCCUCAGCAUGAGAUACUGGGAUCAAUGGAGGACCGAUUCCUUGGUAAUCAGGGCGGUUGAUAGCUUGGGUGGGCAUCUGUACCAGAAAGAUAUCGAAAACUGAGGAUAGCUGCUUAUAAAUAUAUGCUCAUCACAAACCCAAGGUAUGCAUCUCACAUGUCAGCGAUGCUGUAUAGUUACCAAAUUGAGAAGCCUAAAUAGUUGGCCUCUUUGGGUGUUUAAAUGAUCAUACCCAGGAGGAACUCCAGCUCCCAUCCCAUGCUGGCUGGAGCUGAUGAGAACCGGAGGCCCAACAACUUCCGGAGGGUCCCAAUUCCUGACCUAUGGGGCUGAGACAUUUCCCCUCCAGUUCCUAGUACUUUAAGCCCCAACCGUGCUCAAGGUUGGAGGACAAUUGUGGCCCAUUUAGGAACUGAUGCUAGAUUUCUAGAUGUUUUCCUCCCCAGUCCUGAUCAUAUAUGUGUAAUUUUCUUGAGAGAGAAUGAGCCCCUCAAGUCUUGUGUUCAAAACUUCAGGAAUUUUGUGGGGGGUGGGAAAUCAUAGCUCAUUGACAAAGCACUGAGUCCUGGUUCUCUGGACUCUGGUUUUUACAGUCAGAAAGCUCCUUGGCUCCUAAGGUGCAUAUCAUGACCUUUCCCAGCCAGGUGCCCUCAAGAUGUUGUGGACUACAACUCCCAUAAGCCCCAGCCAGCACCUUCAGGGCACCCAGUUGGCAAACGCUGGCAGUGAGGUAGGUUGUGGCAUUGUCUGUGGCCUGCCUGUGCCUUUUUGGGGUGUGUUAGGAGAACUUCCUCAAGCCCUAUGUGCACAUUUGCUAUUCUUGUUCACUUGCCAUUUUACAGGUGAGCUAGCGAUGCAGAUAGAGGUUACCUGCAGGGAGUUGAUUGGCUUUCCCCGUGCCUAAGUCCCCUCCUGCUGCAGUGGGGGUGCAGAAGUCUCUGAGGAGCAAGAAAGCUCAUCAGGGUUGAGUCUGAGGCUGACUUUCUAAAAUUAUUAUUAAAAGGAAGAGUGGCACAGCUUUGAUAAAUGGAGGAACAGCUUUUGACAAAUGCUACAGGAUGGGGGAUGUGAGUGGCAGGUGAAAUGAUCUGGUUCCCUUUUCUUAUUCUCCCCUCCACCUCCAAAAAAAAUUCAUUUUUCUGUGUCUGAAGUCAAGGAAAUUGCUGUAAGCAAAGUAAGGUUUUGAUGGUGGUCUGUUCUAACAAGCCUGAUCAAAUAAGCUCCUCAGAAUAAGAGAAUUUAUUCUGCUGCUUCCCCUCUUAUACAGCCUAAUCCAAUGCGUAUUUACUCAGAAGUAAGUACUGCUUUGAUCUGAUUUUUCUUUUCACUACAUAUGUAUAUCUCUAAAAGCACUGCUGACCUUGAACAACUGAGGGCCAUGCUUGUUAUGCUUCCAUUAAACCUCCCCCCCCCAAUUGCCUCCAGUUCCCUUGAGACUUUCCAUGAAGUGUGUCACAGGUUUUUUCCAGCCUGUUUAACCCCUGCCUCCCCCACUUUUGCCUCCAUUAUAACCAAUAAACCAUGCAAAGCCAAAGUGCUGCCUCCCCUAAUAUUUUUUAUCUUUUGGCCAAAGUUGUUGAGCUUUUUUGCAAAAUCUCAAAGAAAUUUUCCCAGACAUUUUUGCAAUUUCUGCCUGGACAUUGUUUCCAACUGCCAUAUUCUGGCUAUGUCCAGGACAUUCCAGACGUAUGGCAACCCUAAUUUACUUCCAUCUGCCUAGGAGUAAGUGCCAUUGAAUUCACUGCAGGUUGUAUCCCAAGUAAAAACACUUCAGAUCACACAAGGCGGUUGUUGUAAUUAUGUGGGUCAUCUGCUCCUCUCAUGUUUACGUGGGAGUAAGUUCUUCUGAGUUCAGUAUGGCUACCUUCCAAGCAAGGGAAGCAUGCAAGAGACCGCAGCUUCAAGGGGUUAACUAUUGAACUCGUUGGAAUUUACUUCUGAUUAAACAUGAUAAAGAUCAGGUUGUAAAAAUGAGAUUGGACUGUGUCUUGCCCAAGAUAUCUUAAGUCUGAAGUUGAACAGAUCACAGCUCAAAUGCUGUGGGAUUCAUGGCUGAGAAGUAAAAUUUGAUCCUUGCAUGUAGGAGUUUGGUAAACCCAGAGUUAUUAAGAUGUAACAUUAAUUUAAGUUCAAUUUGUAUGUGUGCAGCAGAAGCAACAGUCUGGAUCCAGAGUGUCAUGGGCUGACUUUACUUUAUUAAACCUAUUAUUUCAUCUGAGGAAUAGGGCUGCUUGCAAACAUCAUGAAAUAAAAUGGAUGUACUUGUGUCCCUGAGCUAAAAUACAACAGGAACACUCCCUCCAAGCAUGUGGAGUUUCCUUAAAAAUAUGUAGGUCUUUUUUAGCGAGGCAUCUGAAUAGGCCUGUGGCUGCUUUUUGGUUUUACUUGUGCAAUUUAUCUUUGAACUUAGUGGCCACCUGAUUUGAGCACUAGUUUGGUUGAGGUGACCUAGAGACAAUCCACUGCAUAUGUUGUUAACCCAGAGUUCUUUCCAUUUUGACCUGCCUUGCCAAGUAAGCAUUGGAAACAUUUAGGUUUUCCAUCCCCUGGAUGGACGAAAGAGUUCUUACGUAUGCCUGAUUGCACAGCGAUAUGAGUUGGUCCCACGGAGGCUCUCUGCUGAAUGCUUCUUUCCCAGGCUGGCCCCUUUUGGUGUGCUGCAAAGUAUUCUGGGGUGUGGUCUAGAGCAGCCUUGGGGCUGAUGGGCACCAGUUGGUGAAUGUUGUUCUAGAGUCACUGGCAGUGUCUUUGGACUUCAGUUGCCAUCAUCUCCACUCAGCAUGGCCAAUGGUCAAGCAUGGUGGGGUUUGGAGGGCAGCAUUGUAGAAUUGUAGAGUUGAAUGGGACCCAAAGGUCAUUGUGAAGUAGGUUGGGGAAAGGCUGCAGAAUCCUGGCUUCUACCUCACUGGCACCAACAUGGCGCAGUCCUUUUGAUUUUUGGCUUUUUAUUCUCAAAAGUCAACCAUGCUGACCAAAUUGCACUCAUGACAAGGAAGGAACUGUGCUGGCUCUCAGAAUUGAUCUCCUGAAACCAAUCAGCAGCAGCAUAAUCAAUUUUCUUUUACUUGGAAGAGGAAAGGGAAGCGUUUGUUAAUGCUGUAUUCAGUGUGUAUUAAUUGAAGGGCAAUCUUGGAUGUAAAGGAGCUCGUGACCUCAGCCACAUAGAAAGCCUUUCUGUGUUUCCUUAUCUCCCCUCCCCUCUAUGUGAUUCACAAAAAUGCCUGGUAAUAGAGGGUUUGCAAAAAAAAAAUUCCCCUCCCUCUUCUGGGACAGUCAGUGGGUGCUCCCCACCCCCUCUUGCCCAUGCCCAGCUGCACUUUCACAAGGGCAGAGAGACCCUUGUUUCUAAAUAAUCUUGGGAAUGGGUACUUGUCUAGGACCCUUGUCUUUGGUUCUGCUUACCAAAUAUUUCUGUCUCCCUGUCAGGAGAAUUGGACUAGCAGUGUGAUGCUGAGCUAAAUGACUCUUGGGCCAAGGCUCAAGACACAACACUGCCCAUACUCUUAUCUGUAAUUACGGAAGCAGGCCAUGAGAAUUGUUCGCAACCUUCACUUUUUGCUUGCUUUUUUAAAACAAACAAAAAUGCUUGCAUUCUUCUUCUGCAAGGCACACAGAGAGGUUGUUGGAGAGAGCGUGGUUGCAUUCAGGAACUGCUUCCAGGCACCCCAUUGGGGCAUCUGGUUAGCUGCCAAGCAGAACGUUGGACUCAAUUGGCCUUUGGACUGACCCGGUUGCAGGGCCCUUCCCGUGUCCUCCUGGGAUUUGCAGAGCGCUGGAGCUCUGCCCCUCAAGGUCUGCAGGUCCUCUUGACUUCUGAGAGUUUACCAGGUAACAUGCUUCCAACUUCAAGCUUGUCUUCCAAACCUUAAGGGUCAGAGGCUUGUCUUUUUGCUUUGAAAUGAAAGCUAAUGUCUCUAAGAUGCAGAGGGCCUUCUCGGUAGUGGCGCCCACACUUUGGAACGCCCUCCCAUCAGAAGUCAAGGAGAUAAAUAACUAUACAACUUUUAGAAGACAUCUGAAGGCAGCCCUGUGUACGGAAGCUAUUUAAGGUUUGAUGUUUUACUGUGUUUUUAAUAUUUUGUUGGGAGCCACCCAGAGUGGCUGGAGCAACCCAGUCUGAUGGGCGGGGGGUACAAAUAAUAAAAUGAUGUUGAUGGUCCAUACUCCAGUUCAUUCUGUUUGUGCAUUCCUGUUGUGGCAGCUCAGAUUUCGUACAUUCUUUCUGGAAGCUGAAGCAGAAGCUGCUUGGGCAAGUAGGCAUGGGAAAUGGCAGACGGGGAAUUUCUUACUUGCUCAUUUGGUCUCCGAAUGACUUGCAUUCCCCACCCCACCCCCAGUUUUUGGUGGUGUUUGGGUGUUCCUUUUCCAGGAGCCAGCUUGGGAUCACGGGUCUGGAGGGUGCUCGUUGCAGCAGGAGAGGUGCAGAGUGUCACGAGCUGAAGGGAUAGCCUGGGGUAUGCCGAAAUCUAAAGGGAGAACUGUGGCAAAUUGAGCCUUCUGAAUCUUCCCUGAUUUAAUCUCGGUUGAUUUCUGUCUGGCCUGUGAAUCAGAAGUUAGAGGGACAUUGUGACUUUAGAUCAUAGAAGCAUCAGAGCUAAGAAAGGAAAGUCAAGGGAAGAAAGGGCCAGGGGGCGAGGAGGAAGGAUGGCUGCAGUUUGGGCAAAAUUUGCUCUGUACAUCAUGCUUUAGAGAUGUUGACAGAGAGCAGGAGGGCUUUUAAAAUUCUGAUAGAAAGGAGCUGAGAUGCUCAGCCUUCUACAGAUUCGCUCAUUACAGCAAAGGUAGUGAAGCCCUCUGAAGAGCAGCCAGGACCCCCACCUCCAAACCUGACCUUUCAUAGGAAUGUAAGAAGUUCCCUGACACUGAGCCAGCCCAUUGCUCUUUCUGGCUCAGUACAGUCCACAUUGACUGACAGCAGUUGGCUUUCCAGGGGUUCAGGUGGGAGUGUUUUCCCAUCCCUCCCCCAAAACAAAGUAAAAAAAUAUAUAUUUUUUUAAAUGAUAGGGUGUGCAGAGUUAGCAGCUCUCCCUCUGUUGUAGACUUUGCUCCCGAGCAGCAGUCAGACUCUGUUCCUGCACGGUGGGGCAAGCAGGACUAUUUGCAAGCCAGGAGAGCAGAUCUCGGCUGCUGACCAAGCACUGAAGCUCACCUGUUUGGUGCCUUUGGCAAGCCAGCAUCUCUUGUCCUGCUCUGCUUCCUAGGGUGGUUGCAAGGUGAAGUGGAAUCAUCCCCCACAAGUCACCUUGGAGGCAGUGGGAGAGGACGACAAUGUAAGUGUGAUCAGCUACCCCUCCAGGCUGUUGUAAAUUGUGAGGGUGUCAACUUACUGGCACAUUGAAUCAGCUUGCAAUAUUAACAUUGGGCCAUUGAAAUCCGGAAGCCGCAACUAGUGGAAAGGCAACCAACUCAGGUUUCUUCUUUAAAAGAAAAAGAAGUUGCCAGGCGUCAGAAAGAGCCUGUUGAUGUGUUUGGAGCAGACGUCCUGGUUGAGGUGUUGAGUGUUGUAUGCAGCUGACUUUGGAGCCACAGGAGCAAAGGUGGGAGCAGGUGAGAUGGGGCAGGUAUGUGUGAUCAAGCAGCUAUGUAUAAUAACCCUCCUCCUCUCCAACUCAUGGAAGCACAUUUUUUCCUUAGCUGGCUGGAAGAACAGCUUCAAAUAUAUUGGUGAUCUCCUUUUGCUUUUCUCUCUCAAUCCCACUGCCUUUCCUUUCUUCAAUUCACAUCUAAGAUGAUAAAUUCAGCUCCCUUGAAAUAGAAUCUGCCAGAGUGGAUGUGGGAUUUCUGCAACUGGCAGUGGGAGUUAUAAAAUCAGAAUUGUCAAGUCGGAAAGGGACUUCAGGGGUCAUCUAGCCCCCUGCACUACACGAGUUACUGCCUUCACUGGUUCUGAUUUUAAAGAGAGGUAGAGCUGGGAAGCAACCUGGUCCUCUCCAGGUAUUUAGGACCACAAGUCCUGGCUGGACUUAUUUAUUUUUAUUGUUAUUUAUUCAGUUUAUAUACUGCCGGUUAUUAAAAGAUGUCAGAACGGUGUACAGCAUUAAGACUCCCUUAUGGGCGUUUAGUCCCCAAACAUCUGGAGGUCACCAGAUUGGCAAAAGAUGCAACCACUGAAGCAUUACAAAAGCAGAGAGGCUUGUAAGAAUUUGUAUGGCCUGGUAACUUUUGUGGACUUAACAGCAAGGCUGACCUCAAAAGAAUCUCAGCAGUAUUGUGCACCCUUGUAAGUAACUCCACAAAAGUUACUAACCCACUUUAAAAAAGAAAAGACAGAGGGAAUGAAUUUAGUGAUGCCCUAAAUAGAGAGCCAGAUUUUGUGAAGUUUCCCUUCUUUAGUCUCCUGGCCAUGAUUCCAUUCUCCGUAGGCAAUCAGGCAAGCAAUGAUUUGCAAAUAUUGUUCCAUAUGAAACUGUGAGGCAGGAUGGCUAAGCUGUGGCCAUCCAGGAUGUUGUUGGAUUCCAGCUCCUAGUAGCCAGCAUGACUGUUGAUCAACUAUAAUGGGAGCAGAAGUUUAGCCGCAUAUAGGGCAGGGCACAGGUUGGACACCCCUGCUGAACAGUCUUAGGUUGCAGAGAAGAUGGGGACAAAACAAUGAUUCAUGCUCCCACCCAGUGUCCAAGAGAGAAACUGUCUGGUUAAAAAGUCAUGCUCAUCAUUGCAGCCUGUCUUCAUCAGUGGCCUUUUAGUGGGAACACGACUUGCCAGGUAGUUUAAGUCUUCCCUUUGCCUUUAAACCUUAGUGGUUUGUAAUGUUUGUAAAGGAAAGAAAAAGGCCUGCUACAGCUUUGAGGUUCUUUCUUAUUGUGUUUUGUUCCCGUCCCUUUUAAAGUUGUCAUUCUGGGGGGUUUCACAUUUAGGUUCUGCAGUUUUUGAAUAUCUUGUAGCUGCUGCUGCUUCUGACAGUAAAUGAAAGUGCCUGUUGCAUUUGUUGAAGAAGCAAUCAAGGCCUGGUUUUAUUUAUCUUGUAGCAUCGGUAGGGAAGAAGUAGGGGAGAGGAAUGCACAAAACUUGCUGUUCUGUGUUAAAGGGAAGAUGUAACAGUCCUUCAGUUUUUUCUCUCCCAUGUCAGAGGCGGUUUUAGGGUCACACGACUGAGGGCUCUUGGUCUUGUGGUUUGCAAUCAGGGCUGUGUGUGUGUCCUCAUUCACAGGAAAGCGGAACAUAUUUAUGGUUGUCCUGGAGAUCACUUUCCCAAGGAUCUAGGAACACAGGAAGCUGCCUUAGACUGAGUCAGACCAUUAGUCCCAUCUAGCUCAGAAUUGCCUGCACUGACUGGCAGCAGUGACUCCCCAGGAUUUCAGGCAGGAGUCUCUCCCAGCCCUACCUGUUGGUGCCACUGGGGAUUGAACCUGGGACCUUCUGCAUGUGCAACAGAUUCUCUGCCACUGAACUUCUUCUCUGCUGCUGAAGGUUGCAAAGAUACAGACCCGAUGAAAGAUAUGCUUAGCAAAGUCACAGGUGCCUGAGGUGGUAGCCCCAACAGGGUUGCCAGUAAUCAGGACAGAAUUUAAAGUAAGCAGAAUAGGGUUUCCAGUAAUCGGGAUUGCACCUCAUUUGCAUAAUUUAUGAAGGUUGCGUCACUUGCCCUGCCUGGAUUGCAUUGGCCCAGGUUGCUCUGCCAAGCAGGGUGGGGCUCUGUGCAAGGCGGCGGUGGAGACACGUGCUGUAAUUUGGGGAGUGUUUCCCCACCUUCAAAACCACGUCAAGCCUGGAAAACUUCAACCUCCAGAAUGUGGCGCUUUAUACCCAGCCGGACCCAACUGCAUAAUUAACGGCAUAAUGUAUGCGCAAUUAGGCCUUGGAGUUGCUGCCGUCAGGCUGUCUUCCCCACCCCCUCCUUGCCUUGCUGGGAAGGAGCAACGGCCUCAGAAGCAUUGAUCAUCCACCAGCAGCUUGGCUGAGUAAUGUCAAGGGCGAAAAACAGAGAAGGCAAGGGAGUUUUUCAGGCACUUUGGUAAAUAUUAAUUAAAGUGAUUCAUAGUCCAGAUAGCACAGCCCAGAGGUUCUGAGGAUCCCUGAAGCGGAGGGGCUGGUUGCAGCAGCCCUUGUUAAUGCAGCAGAACCGAAGAGGCCUUCUAGUGGCAUGGACUUUUCCUUCACUCUUUAACAUUCUCCCCCCCCCAACGCUUUACUUUUAGGGCAUGUAAGCAUACAAAGUGCCUGCCCUCUGAAGAGUCCCCCCUGCCUGCUAUGUUCUCUGUGCGAGUCGCUGUUCUGGGUGUGCCUCCUGAUGAGAGUGAAGCCGAGUGCGUGGCUUCCUCUGAGGACAGGUAAUUUUGCCGCCUCCUUGCGGGGAGUGGCUGUAGCCUCUUAAUGCAGCUCUCCAGAUAUUUCUGGACUCCCGGCUCCCACAAUCCAUGGGACGAGUGGGCUUUGGGGGUCCAGCUACACCUGGGGGGCCACAUGCUCAAUGCCCUUGUCAGCAGAGGUGGAGGAAGGUAGCUUUAUCCCCAUUGCACCAGGAGAAGAAAGCUAGAAGGCACCGCCUCCCCCAAGCCAUUGGAGCAGGAACAACCUAUUUCCUCUUCUUCCCCCGCCCCCCUCCAAAUUCGUUUGAGCAGAUAAUAAUAAAACAGUGACUUGUUUUUAACAUCCUGACACUGAGAGCCAGUGUGGCAUAGUGGUUAGUGUGUUGGACUAGGACCAGGGUUCAAAUCUCCACUCGACCAUGAAGCCCUCUGCGUAACCUUGGGGGCCAGUCCCUGUCCCUCAGCCUAACCUACCUCGCAGGGUUGUUUGUUGUGAGGAUUAAAUGCGGGUGGUGGAGGGAGGCUAUCCGCCACAUUGAGCUCCUUUGCAGGAAGAAAGGUGGGGUAGAAAUGCAAGAAAUAAAUGUAUAAAGGCUUCCUUCUGAGGAGGACUUAAUUUUCACCUCCUGACAUAGCUUCUUCAUCUCAGGAAGAGGAAGGGCAGUGACUGGAAACCCCCCAAGAGGGAGGUGAGUUGCCGGACAGUGGGUGAGCGUGAAGCAUGGCGACUGCCUGUAUUUUGUUAAGUUUUUUUAAUGGCCAUCUAUGAAAAGCUGGGCCUGUGUGGUCGUUGGGUUGGAGCGGAUGGUGACUGACACAGGUGCUUUCUGAAACUAGAUAACAUCUUUUUGAGGUUCAGAACUUGUGAAAGCUCUGUUUAUGCGAAAGGAGGCAGCAGGGACUGUGUGUCUGUUUAUAUCCCUCCCAAUAAGGAGGAUCAGGAAUAGUGCCCCCCGCCAGCUUCUCAAAUCAGUUUAAUCCUCAAGAUGUCCACUUGCAGCCUGGCUCCCUGAUGCCAGUUUGUUUGUUUGUUUUGUUGCCAAAGCAGCUUAAGUUAACAGGCUUGUUUCUGGGGAUUGUGGGGGAGGGGGGGUGAGCCUGGUGGGCGCCCCACUUCCGAAACCCCUGACGUCAUCCCCAUUUCCUAAGUGAGAUAUCGGGGAAUUAAUUCAGGAAAUGGCCUGCAGUUCUUGCACCUCUCCUUCCCCCGCCCCUUGCCAUCCCAGCCCGCAGAGUGGGGGCAUUUGAGCUCCCUUGCCUGAAGGAAACGUGGCUCAACAUCCUUCCUGUCUGGACUCCAGUUCACAGGCAGUGCAGGGGAGUGAGAGGACCCCAGAGAAGAUCCUUCAGUGUAUCCCCAGCCCCUAAGCAGAGCUCUGCUGUUCAGACCUCCUGUUGGCCUGGAGCUGUUUGGGGCUGGCAGAGAACCCUCCCCUGUUGCGUGGCAUGCACCUGCUAUGGGUCAGGGCUGGCUAACUUGAGGGCUGUAUAGGGAGUGGGGGUGCUGGAGAGCAUUUUGCCUCAGGUGUGCUUUCCCACUCCUGGUGUCCCUCUCCAGGGGACCACAACCUCCUAGGGCAGGGGUUGUGGGAGCUCUGGUGACCCUCCAGAUGUUGCUGGGCUCCAGCUCCCAUGUUGCUCCUUCCGGGUUGCUGGGGCUGAUGGGAGUCUUGCUUCUUUUACUUCACGAAUUUGUGUCCUCCUUCAUACAUAGGAUGUCUCCCCAGUCUGUAGGAGCCACCACCUUGUUUUCGGGGCAGACCUAUUUUGCUUCCAAAGUGAUGGGCUCCUCAGCUGCCCAUGUUUGCUCUUGGAAAGAAAGAAAGAAAGAAAGAAAGAAAGAAAGAAAGAAAGAAAGAAUGAUAUUUUCAAAUCAGAGAGAUGCUGAGGCUUGCAGGCUCUGCUGGUCCUGGGAAGGAGGGAGGGUGCAUCCCUGUAUAUAAUUUGCCUCCAAGGUGCUUUCCUGGGAGCAGCAGCUGUUUGCCAGGGGCAAAUUAUCAGGCAGAAUUACUCAGUGGUUGUCUAGCCCUCUUAGAACACGCCAUCUGUGACCAGCAGUGUUAUUUCAAACCCUUUCCAUUCAACAGUGUCUGCAAAUCAGCAGCCAAUUACUGCAUAAAUUGACUCCAUUCCGCGGAGGUGAUUUUUGCUGACUUACCGAAUGGGCAGAGCGAAUGCCAAGAGUUUAUGCUGUAAUACCUUCCCGCCCUCCUGUGUCACUUCAAUAGCUUUCGGCAUGGAUCAGCUCUAAGAACCAACCUGGGAGUGGGGCUGUUGGCAUUGCAGUAAGAACAUAUGAGCAUAAGAAGAUCCUCUGGAUUAGGCCGAAAGGGGCCCGCCUAGUCCAGCAUCCUUUUGUCACAGUGGCCAACCGGGUGCCUGCGGGAAGCCCACCAACAGCACCUGAGCUCAAGAGCAACUCUCCCCUCCUGUGGUGUCCGGCUACUGGUACUUAGAAACAUGCUAGCCCUCUCCUCCAUGAAUUUGUCUAAUCCUCUGCCUCCUGUGGAAGCAAGUUCCAUAGUUCAACCAUGUGCUGUGUCUCAGCAUUUCUUAUUCCUUUUGUCCCCCAAGCUGGGCUCCAAAUGGAAGGUAUUCCAGAAACGAGCAUGCAGUAAUUUGGUCACUUGCAUGCUGAUCUCAUCCGUUUGCAGAGUCUGGCAGGGGACGGCUUGCCAGAUACUGGAGUCAAACCCUGACUUCCUGUGCCAGGACAGUUUGCACCUUGAUGGAUCUGAUGGGUAGCCAGCCAGUCACCUGCUUCAUUUGCUAAAAAGGCUCCAUGUAAUGAUUGACUGCUCUCUCUUUCUACCUUGGGGAUUGGGAUUAGAUUCCCCGCCUCCAAAGCCUUUCUCCUUGAGUGUGUCCCUUUAAGCAUCAAGGGGUGGUGUGAACGUGUGUUAAGAGACAGAUCCAAGUCUUCAGAGCUGAGCUGAUAAAUUGCUUUUCAUUAAUGGGCAAGGAGGGCCCAGGAACUGAGGCUGGCUUUCCUGCCGAAGCUUUUAUGUGUAUAUAUCCAUCUUGCAAAUCGUGCAGGUGCCAGGAAAGGAGAGCAAGCCUCUUCUGCCACCUCCAGAGAAGCCAGCCUUUGGGCCCAGCAGGUUUGCAUGGAAGCCAGUGCCUGAGUCCAGUGCAAGCCCUGGACAAAGUCAUUGGCCUGUUGACUCUCUUGUCCCUUCCAGGACAGUGCGGUCUCUCUCAGGAGGAGUUUUGCUUUUGACCUUCCGUGGAUUGCGCUUCUGUGACUUUCAGACACUCAAGGGCAGAAUUGGGCACUUGUUGUGGCAUUCAGUUGCCAUCUGGGGGCCAGACGGCUCGCAAAUCAUAGUUUUCAAUACAACUUUUUGGCUCCUGAAUUUUUUUCUGAUUGCGCGGAUAAGAUGAUAGAAUUUUACAGAAUGCGUUGUUAGUGUGUGAAAACAGGCAAAACCCAAGGAAUCUCUAGGCAUGCACCUCCAGAUGGUGAGACGUCAGGCGGCAUCCUGGCGCCUGGCAAAUUUCAAAUGCUGGUGUAGACAGGUGCGCUAUUAACUUUGCUAGACUGAAGUUGCAAAGUUGUCGUUGCAGCUUUGCAGAGAAGACAUGGAGGGCUGGGAAGGGCUCCCACUGGCGGGGGAAGAGAGGUAUCAGUGCUUGGCAGGGGAAGCUGGUCCAUUUGGCCAAGUGGGGCUCUGCCGUUAGCCAGCCCUCCUGUGCCUGCCUUCUUACAACCAGCCCCGGAGGUAGCCCUGCCUCUCAGCUUGCUCCUCCUUCGCCUCAGUGCUGGAGCCUUCUCGAGGAGGAGGAGAACUAGAAUUACUUAGUUAAGAGCUUCGGAAGCACCCUCCAUCUUGCAGAAUCCAUCUCUGAACAGCUGUGUCCUAUCAAAGUACCAGCUGGCUUUACUUGAGGCUGGUGUGCAGUACUGCCAGAACAGACAACAACUGGGGGGGGGGGGCGGCCAGUGCUGCGUGGGUUCUGGGGCCAGCCACUGGGCUUACCUGUUCAUGUGCUCAUGGUAUCGGGAUGGUGGUGCAGGCCAGGCUUUCCCCUCUGCAGAGUGCUUUGAACCAUUUAUCUGGGAAGAGCAGGGUGGUGUUAAUAAUUAAAAAAUUAAAAGCCACGACUCAGGUGGGAGGAGGUGAGCAGCUAUUUUCUGGUCUGUUGGUUAGAAAAAAACGAGGUGUGUGGGCAGGGAAGGAGGCCAGAAGCUUCCCACAGCCCCAAGCCACCUGCACACAGAGCAUGAGAAGGUGCUAAUGUAGCUUCCUGUUCUCCACGGAGAGUGGGUGAGAGGCAGGCAAGCACUCGAGGCUUUCUCCUUGUCAGAUCAUACUGUUUUUAGCAUUGACCUCCACCGCCACUUUCUCUCCCCGUCACCAGCACCUCUCAGACCCUUCCACGAUAUGGGGACAUCCACAUUGUGCAUCAUUUUUAAAACUUCUCUCACACCCGGGAUGCUGGGCCUUUGGCUUGUUUCAGCUGCCAGGCUGUCCUUAGAAGCAAGCAGCUCAGGAGGAAGGGUUUCUCGGCCCCGAUCUCUCCCUGCUUGUCAAUUUAUGCAUUUGGGCAGUUUGCAGGGAAGGGACUUGGGUAGCUUGAAGCUACUCAGCAGAACUUUAAAUAGCUUCCCUCCUGAUCGCCUCUGGUGAGUAAGAACUGCCUUUAGGCAAGUAGGAAGAGGAGCUUUUGCAAACUGGUCUGCGUCUGUCUUCCUUUGCUCCUUCUUUCCUGGCCAUCAGAAUGCCAAAAAUGUCAUUGACGCAGAUGCAGGAAAAUAGUUUGUUUUAUGGAUGAACUCCCCACCCCCCAACUCCCCUUCAGAUGUGAAUUGAGUUGCAAGGCUAAGCCAGGCAAGCACUGUGCCUUGAAAACAUCAUAAAGAUCCAAUGCUGCCACGUCAGGCAGACACUGAAGGAGGAGAUAGCAUCUCGUCCAACCUGACUGCUUUCAGGCACCCCCACCUGGUGGAAACAUCAAAUAGGUUUCAGGGUUUAGGUUCUGAGAAUGGGGCGUGGGGGCUGCUGCGGCUUCCAUCUUCAGUAACCCCACUGCUAUUCAAUCUUGUUAUUUCAAACACCUUUAUUUUUCCCAAGUCUGAACUUGGAUCUUUCAUAUGCUCUUUCCUUCAGUGUCCUGCAUUUGUCUCUCCCUCCCAAAGCAAAUGCAUUGAUCAAUGUUGGGGUCUUGAAAGUAAGAUACUUCCCCUGUUCUGUAACGGGAGAUUCCGGGAGAAAUCUGCAGUGGACCACGAAAAAAUAAUGUGUGAAGAAUCUUCUGCUUUUUGCAUACAUCUUCACAUCUGUAAAGACUCAUAAGUUGAUACUAGAUCAAUAAUCAUCUAGAAACUGUGUGUGUGUGUGUGUGUGUGUGUGUGUGUAAGUAAGUAAGUAAGUACCGUAUUUUUCGCCCUAUAGGACGCACUUUUUCCCCUCCAAAAAUGAAGGGGAAAUGUGUGUGCAUCCUAUGGGGCGAAUGCAGGCUUUCGCUGAAGCCGGGAGAGCGAGAGGGGUCGGUGCGCCGCCACCCCGCUAUUCCCUGACCUGAUCUGGAGGCUGGCGGGGGGGGGAAGCAAGCUUGCUUCUCCCCCCCCCCCCGCCAGCCCCACAAACUCGGGGGACAGAGGGGCAAGCCGCUGCCCCACGGAGGCUAGGGAGGCUGUCCCUGAAGGCAGAAGAGGGAGAGGGUGCGCUCCGUCUCCCUCUUCUAACUUGGGGAUGGCUGUGCAAACCUGGGGGGGAAAUAAAAAAAUUUUCCUUGAUUCCCCCCCCCCCAAAAAAAAAACAACUAGGUGCGUCCUAUGGGCUGGUGCGUCCUAUAGGGCGAAAAAUACGGUAAAGGUAAAUGUGGUCCUUUUCCUUCCAACCAUCAGCAGUAGCUUCUGUUUGUUUUAAAAAGCAAAUUAGAUUUACUGUUCCAUAUAUCAAAAAAGGCACCUAUGUUGUGAUAAUAAGCAAAUAUGAGUUGACCAAUGAAUUUAAAGGCAGAUAACAUUUUGAAGGGAAUCUUUCCAAAGAAUGAAAGCCUUUAUAAUAGCCUGGCGGGCGGCCCUUGUUCCCCAGGCUGGACUGGAUUCUCACCUGCCUGCCUUCUCUCUCUCCUUGCAGUGUGCAGAGGACCGAGGGCCCCAUGUGCUAGUGACCGCCUGCCAUGCUGGCCUGUCUGCCGGGACCAGGCGACCUCUCCUUCCAGCUGCUUUCUUACCCGCAGAUGAACGCUGGACUUCAGAAAUGUGAGUAGCUGCCACCACCACGAAUCUGGACAGUGCAGCUGUGGGCUGGGAGAACCCAGGAGGGGAGAAUUGCUGUUGUGCUCAGGUCCUGCUCAAGGAGUUCCCAUGUGGGCAUCUAGGAGGUCACUGUGAGGACAGAAGGCUGCAUCAUGGACCAGCGGCCUGACCCAGCAGGCUUCUCUUAGGGUCUUCCAUUCAUUGUGGGUUGAACCCGGAACCUUUCUCUGGGGUCCCUUCCACCGCUCACCCAGAUUGACAGCAGCCACUCUCCUUGCGGCCAACGCAGACAGAGAGAGGUGGCCUUUGGGACCCUUCUAAGCAAACUCCCUCCCUGAGUGACUCUCCCAUCAUUUCAGAAGCCAAGAUGGGGGCAGCCGUGACCCUUGGUCAUGCUGCUGAGGCUGAUGGGAGUUGGAGUCCCCACAGUAUCUUGGGCAGGCAGGACAUACUUUCCUCCACCUCUAUUCUAAAGUUGUUUUUAAAAGAAAAAAAGCUGUUUUAGUGAAAUCUAAAAAAGAAGCAGGGGGUCACGGAGGAAGUGUUGACUGUUCUCACAGCUAUUAUUUCCACCGUGCUUUUCAGCACCAUUGAUGUGCUAUAACAGUUGCCUUUGUCUUGCUGACACUGUGAAAUGUGCUUUAUCUGGGUUUACAACCCGCCCUGAAGCUGCAGUGCUUCGUGGCGGGUUGACAGCUUCCAUACUCCCAAAUCCUGUGCUGCAAGAAGGAAACAAGGCAUUAGAGGCUCCUUUGAGCCCCAGCUACUCUUCCUCUUCUGGGUAUGUGUGGACACAGAGGAGACUGCCCACCGCAGCUCUGUGUGCCUCCCUGUCCUCUCCUUUUCGAUUGGCUCUGCCGGUAAUUUUUGCCCUAUCUCCAUGUCUGCUUUGGCUGGGGUGUUCAGUCACCCCCAGAGGGGUGAGAGGCUUGCCUGCCGAUGGGGGAGGCUGCCCAUUGCCUUCUGCCCUUCCGUCUGGGAACGGGGUGUUUUUUGUUCUUUUUCACACACCCAUUGUCUGAUUCCAAGCAAUGCCUAUGCUUGAAAUUCAUUUUAAUCAGAGAAUAGUAACCUAAACUGAAGCUGCAGGGGGUGGAGUUAAGUCUAAAACCCAAAUAAAUAAUAAUAUUUUUAUUAUUAUUUGUACCCUGCUCAUCUGACUGGGUUGAAGGAAUGCUUCAGAGGAGGUUGCUUGCAUUGAGACAGGACGAUUGGAUGGCUGCCUGUCAGGGAUUCAUCAGCUGUCUUCCUCCAUUGCAGGGGGUUGCACUGGAUGACCCUCUGAAGACCCCUCCCCACUCUACAAUUCCAUGAUUCUGUGAAGCUGAGGAAUGGCCCACCUAGAAGGGCUGGUGGGCUGCUUUCUUUUUGUUUUUGAUGGACCAAUCUGAUUCAGAUUGAAUAUCUUCCUUAAGAGUUACACGCCUCCUCAUUUAGGGAAGGGCCAGGGGGGCAGUCAUUGUGGGGCCCUCCAGGCAUUUCUGGGCUCUCAACUCUGCGCAUGGCCAGUGCUGCAGGAUACUGCUGGGAUUUGGGAGCCCAGCAACAGUAUGGGCGAAGGCACCACCUUGGCUGCUCCUGCCUUAGGACUCCUGAUCUGUCCUGGCCCAGCAGAAGCAAGUUUUGCUCCGUUUCUGUUGCCUCAAGCAAAGAAGAGAGCCGCCAUGUUCAGGCGCAGUCUACCUGAGGGGGUGGUUGCCAGGUGCUGUGGGUAAACAGUGGGACCGGGGUUUGGGGACGGAGAGCAUUGCCACCUAUGCCCUGCUGGUGAGCUUCCCAGAAGUGUCUCUCUGUCUAUAUCUGGACUAGAUCAAGGACAGGGAACCUGCGAGGCUCUCUGGACUGCAACUCCCGGCAGCCUGAGGAUGACUGAUAGCAGGGGACGAUGGGAGUUGUAGUCCAGAGACAUCUGGAGGGUACAGGGUUCCCCACCCCUGGCCUAGACGGACCUUUCUGGGGGGGGGGCAGUUCUUUUUGUUCUUAAGAGGCAGCACUGGCUGUUUGUUGAGUCAGUGUUGAUGGCGUCUCUUUUCUUUCUCUCGUUUUCUUUCUCUCUCUCUGUCUCUCUGCCUUUCUCUCUCCCUCUUCCUGCUUCUCUCCUUCCUCCUCCUCCUCCUCCUCCUCCUCUUUCCCACCCACCCCUCCCUUCCCCCCAACCAGGGGACACUCCACAGAAAAUGAGAGCCGCACAGCAGCACCCUACUCCAGCAGAGUUGGACGCGUAUGCUAAGAAGGUGGCCAGCCAUCCUCUGACUAUCAAAAUUUUCCCCAACAGCGUCAAGGUCCCCCAGCGGAAACACAUCCGCCGCACCGUGAACGGGCUGGACACUUCCGGGCAGCGCUACAGCCCCUACCCGCCGUCGCAGGCCUCCGUGAAGACGGGCCUCCUGGCCAUCGUCCGGUCCCCGCCGGCCAAAGGGAUCGUCAAGGACUUUGACGGGACCCGGACGCGCCUGCUGCCGGAAGCCAUGAUGAACCCCCCCUCCGCCCCCUACGCGGCACCCAGCACUUUAAGCCACCCGCAGGCGUUGGCCCGCCAGCAGGCUCUGCAGCACGCCCAGGGCUUGGCGCAGCAGCAGCAGCAGCAGCACCCUCAGGGGAUCCCCACGGCCCUGCAGCAGUCGCAGCACCCGCAGAGCAUGGCCCACCCGGCCCUGCAGCCUCCGCCACACCACGCCAACCACUUGCUCCAGCAGCAGCAGCCGCCGGCAGCGGGCCUGCAUGGGGGCCGGAAGAUGGCCGACGCCGACGCCCCCCCGAAUGUGACUGUGUCUACCUCAACCAUCCCCCUCUCCAUGGCUGCCACGCUGCAGCAGAACCAGCCCCCGGACCUGAGCAGCAUCGUCCACCAGAUCAACCAGUUCUGCCAGGCCCGCGCGGGCAUCAGCGCUACCUCAGUGUGCGAGGGACAGAUUGCCAACCCCAGCCCCAUCAGCCGCAACCUCCUGAUCAGCGCGAGCACCCGGGUGUCCGCCCACAACGUCCCCACGCCCCUGCCUUCCUGCGUGGUGGACCCUGGGGUCCCCCCCUCGGGCCCCGGGGCCAUGGGUGUCCCGUCGCUGGGGGGCGUCGUCGGCCGGGGGCCCCCCGCCUACCAAAGCGAAAUGAAGCAGGUGGCAGCCUGGAACCAGCACCAGCUUGCUCACCUGCAGCAGAUGUGCGGCGAGGCCGUCGGCCCCUCGGGCCUGAUGGGGAAGCCCCCCGGGCGGGAGCUGCCUGGGCAGGGUUUUGCCGGCAAGGCCCCCGGCUACGCCCUGGACCUCUGCAUGGGCCAGCCUUUCAACGUGAAGCCCCCGCUGGAGAAGCCCACCCCCUCGCCGCCGGUCAACAGCUUGCCGGGCCCCGCCCCCUACACCAACGGGCACUACUUCCAGCCCCUGUGGAAUAACAUUCUGCCCACGCCCAACAGCGACAGCUCGGGCUCCCAGGACCUGGCGAUGCCUUUCCACGGCGGAGGCGGGGGGCAGCCCCUGGGGGCCGGCCUGGAGUGCACAGGCGGACCUCACUACAGGGCCGGGGCCGGUGGCCCGCCUGCCCAGGGCGGCCUGAUGCAGACGAUGGAAUACCUGAGCGGGGACUUCCAGCACUCCUGCCUCCGGGAGCAGCAGGGCGGCGGGGGGGUGCUGAGCAAAGCCCCCCGCCCCGCCAUGAACCGAGCCCACGAUCCCGCGGAUAGUCGCAGCCUUCAUAUUCAGCACCCAGGGUAUAGAUAAGGCAGCCGUCACUUUUCACUGACCAGAGCGAAGAUUAGGGUUAGUCUUAAUUUGAAUUAAUAAGCAAAAGGUGUGUGGCUGUUUGUUUGGUUUUAUUCCUUUUGGUUUAUUGCUUUUUUUUUUUUUAAACGUGCAAACUUUGGUGAUCCUGGUGGCUAACUGCCGAAGGAGGUUUUUAAGCGGAGGUCUAGCCCCCUGCAGUGCAGGAAUUGUAGCUCGAGAAACCCUGGCAGGUGGCUACCUCUGCUUAGAAACCUCCAGCUAAGGAGAGUUCACCCUCUUUCCCAGGUAGUCCAUUCCACUGUCAAACAGUUCUUACCCUCAGGAAGCUAUUCCUAAUGUUCAGCCAGAAUCUCCUUCUUGUCAUCAGUUUGGGUCCUCCCCUCUGGAGCGGCAGAAAACAAGCUUGCCCCAUCUUCCACGUGACCGCUCUCAUGUCGCCUCUCAGAGUCUUCUUUUCUGCAGGCUAAACAUUCCCAGCUGAACUGCUUCUUGCAAGGCUUGGUUUCCAGGCCCUUUAUCACCUUGGGACGCUCGACUUCUGUUGAUGCAGGCUAGAAUAGCAUUUGCUUUUUUUGCUGCUGCAUCACACGGUUGACACAUGUUAGGCUUGUCAUCUACUGUGCCCCCCCUAGGUCCUUUUCAUUGCUUAGACAUAAGGCCCUGCGGUGCCCAUUUGUGGGGAAGGCUGUGAGCUGGCUAUUUUUGGAAGGGGUUUGUGCUGUUGGGGCACAGCCCUACAAGAAAGCACCCAUGCCCAGGGUCCUGUUCACCCCCCAGACAGGCUUGUCAUGGUCGUCAUCAUGAGUUUAUUUGUAUGUUGCUUUUCCAUGACAGAGCCACACUCAGAGCGGCUCACAAGAACAUGCAGAAUAAAAUACAGCGUUUCAAGAUAAUACAUUUAAUACAGUGGUACCUAUGGUUAUGUACUUAAUUCGUUCCAGAGGUCUGUUCUUAACCUGAAACUGUUCUUAACCUGAGGUACCACUUUAGCUAAUGUGCCAGAGAGGGAUAAUAUUUUCCCAGUUUUCUUGCGUCCUCUCACAGCCUUGCCUCCAAAGACAGAACUUGAGCAUACAGUGAUCACCAUCAAGUUUGCAGUUUAAACGAAAAUAAUAAUAAUCACAAUAAUGAUUAACAGCUGCAUUUUUUUAAAAAUUCUUUCUCUGUACACUGGCUAAAGCGAUUGCUGUACACUGUAAACUCGGACGUGUAAUAUUUCUGUGUGAAUGUUACCUGGUAGCGUGGUGGGGUCUGAGUAGCACUCUGGGGGUCCGCCCACUGCCCCUUCCCCCCUCUCCCCCCUUCCCUUCCCACAGCCCCGUGGGGGCUAAAAACACAUUGAUGACAAAUUAAUGAAGCCUUAAGCUGUUGCUCCUCCGGUUCUCCCUAACGAGCAUGGAUUAAACUCUGAAAGCUAUCAGACAAAAACUUCUUUUUUUAAAAAAAAAAGUAAAGAAAACCACGACAAAAUUUCCAAAUGUUUAAAAGUGACGUCCUAGUUGGCUUAGAGGUUCUUAAGGAUUUUUCAGAAGUUGGGGAAAUUAGGAUCAGUUUUUAAAUCUGUGUAUCUCUUUUGAUUUAGGUGUCUAGUUCUGGGCUGUAGGAAACCAUGGUAACCUUCUUGAGCUUAGCUGCCAUCUCUCUCCCCGCCCCAGCCCCCAACCCACUGCAGGAUCCUGAGCACUACUUUGGCUAUUUUAAAAAUCCCUCAAUCAGGGUGUUAGAAGAAUCGUGGGGUCCUUCCUUUUUUGAAGUGCUGUUGCGCUGUCUCCUUAGGACAAGAUUCAGUGAUCUAAAAUACUUUUUUUUAAAAAGCGGAUUAAAUUAUGCGCCGGCUUGCGUUGCCUUAACAGGAUGCCUGAUCUGUUACGCCAAAUCCUAGCGCCACAGAAAUCCUAAUUUAUUGUUCUUAGAAUCUGACCCCUGCGGCCUUUUUGCUUGCUUUUUUUAAAAUUUGCUGGGGAGAGGGAGGAAGAAGAUGGGGUCCACACAUUUUGGUGAAAAAAUGGGUGGUCUCCAAUCUCACUUCUGCCCCCCAUCCUACUUCCAGCGAAGGGUUCUCCUGCAACCCGCCCCCCCCCCCCCCAGCAACAGGGCCAGAGCCCUCUCCCUGCUUCCCUCCUCAGCCAGUCAACUGCUGCUGGGUGCUCUUUUGUUUUGUUCCGUUUUUUAAGGUUCCUGUAAACUUCUGAUACCUGGACAUGUUUUUACUGAAAACCUUCCCUGUCCUCUGUCACCUCUCCAGGUACCAAGCUUAGACUGUUAAACUGCAGCUCCUUUUAACUCCUCCACCUUCUGAUCCCAGAGCAGUGCCAGAGCUAGCCCCCAGACUGCCCCCCCCCACACGGCAGAGCUAGUGCCCAGACCUCUCCCCCCUCUCUCGAAUUAUCACUGUUGUUGCUGUCGUUUUUGUGGAGAGGCACCUCCGUGUAUCUUCAUAGUUUUGUUUUUUCUGUUGUUUUUUGAGCUCCUAAAUCAGGGGUCCAGCACAGCUCACUUAACCACCGUGGCCCCUUUUUCUCCGGUGAUGGCCAGGGCCUACACUAGCUCAGCUUUGAGGUGCUCCCUUCCCCGCAAAGUACCCACAUGUUCCCCCUGCCCCCCUUGCGGAAUUUGGGCUGGAAGUGAAGGGCCUGCAGCCUGCCUUGGUGCUGCCCAAUUCCCCAGCACCACCACUACAAAGAAACUAGUUUUAAACAGACUUCCUUUAGCAAAGGGACGGGAGCAUUUCCUCAGACACAUUGGCUGUUGACCACUCCGUUCUUGACCUGCGGCCAUGUUUUUACAAGCUUGGUGCGGUGGGCAUCAUGCAGCGUGUUCACCUUGAAGAGGAGGAGGGACACACGACUGUCCCUUUGCACCUUCUUUUCCUUACAGUCCAUCCUCCUUGGGCCACUACUCAGAAAGGUGUGGGCCUCCUAGGAAUGGGGGGAGAAGGAUGUAGAGGCCUGUUGGAGCACUGUAGGAGCCCCCGUCCUAUUUCAUCGCAGUUCCAGUAACGCCAAGACAGCACCUCCCUCUUCUCUCCCCCCACCCCCCUUCCCAGAAUCAAGCUACAGGCCCACAGUUUUGCUCAGAAUGCAGAAAAGUCCUGCAGCUGCCACUUGGAGAGAUUCCCCCGUCUCUCUGCAGGUUGGGGUGUGAGGGGAAGCAUUUGGGGAGCCCUCAGAGCAAAAGCAGUGACCCUUGCAGGUUCCCAUGGGGUGUCCACAGUGCCCCUCACCCCCCAGGAGCAGGGAAGAUCUUCUGCAUGGGGGGGGGAGGAGGAAGGUUGAUGGUCUUAAACUGCUGCUGUAUUUUCCUUAAAAAACACUUCACUGAUUAUAAUUACUGUUAUUAAUAUAAGCUGCUGCUCAUGUGCUACGGGUAUCCAAACUAGAGUUUCUUCUCUCUUUCUCUCUCUCUUUAUUUUAUUUUUUUUGGUCUGCAGGAACAAAAAAUAAAAAAGUGAAGCCAAAAAACCCCUCAAAUCUCUGGUCACGCUUUCUCUGUCUCCCGCAACCCUUUCUGAAGGGUGCCUGAGUGUGGUCCGUCCACCUUGCCCAAAGCCUGCCUGCACUGUUGUGGGUGUUCUUGGAAAGUUGGGGGUGGGAAGUGUCUCUGUGCCAUGAGGGGUUAAAGUUAAAGGGAC